AGCGGUGACAGAUAAGGCGGAAAUUCAAGUGCAGGCAAGAUGGAUAAAGUGUUUAAGGCCGACCACCUUGGGUUGGCUGGUAACCCAGUUAUUCUCAAGCUACUUUCCAAGCAAGGGGACAAACUGGUUUUGUUUACGGAUACAGUGAUCAAGGUGGACAGGAAUGCGAAGCUGUGGAAACGCAUUUUGCUUAUUACAGACCAGGCAUUCUAUGUUCUUGAUGUCCACACGUACAAGCUCAAGAGACGGAUUGGACUGCAACACAUUCAGAUGCUCUGCCUGAGCGAACUGAAUGACAACUUCUUUGCAGUCAUUGUCCCUUCUGAGUAUGACUAUCUGCUUGCCAGCGCAAGAAAGACAGAAAUCAUGGCGAUCCUUGUCGAGGCAUCAAAGAAGCUCCAAGCCACCGGGGGUACUGCCAUCCCAGUCCAGUUCUCCAACAGGUUUGAGUACACAGUAGACUCGGAGAACGUCCGUGUUGUUACAUUCGAGGACACAGAUGGCGGGGUGUGUACGAAGAUUUCAACACGAUGACACAGUCUAUUUGUAUUGCGAAAUGGUGACGUGAUCCAAUUCAGGAAUUUUGACAGACUGUUCACAUUUCCAAUUUUCCAUUCAUCGACGAAGGUAACUCACAGCCUCAUCCAGUAACAAGAUGAUGACGUUGUUGUCUGCCGAGUUGGUCAUCCAGACGUGGUGGCUCGUCUUUUGAACUGGACUCUGUCAUCACAGCUCCCAGGCUGCACUUGGCUUCCCUCAGGUGGAUGCACUUGUCCAUCUCCAGAGAUACCUGCAGUCCUCAUUUUGAUGCACCUCCUCCUCCUCCUCCUCCACUCCUGCUCCAGCAGUGCAAGGGUGUGUUUGCGCUGUCCUAGUACUCACCACUGUACUAGCACUCGUUUGGUUUGCUCUCCCUCUCCUCAGAUAGUUGUUGAAUAGGACUCGAGUUCAGUCUCUGCUCCAUGCUGGAGCGUCAAGCAAGUUUACCAGCCGAUUCAUGACCGUUGAUAGAUCCUUACUCAAUUGUAUUGAUUGUUGUUCUUUGAAAUCUUUAACAAUAAAAUUCAGUAAUGGAUUCUGCAAUCGCAGUGUUGCACACUGUUGCUGACUUUGAAUGUUGUCACAAGAUUGUUUGUGUAAAGCUCCUUUAGAACCACAACUGAGCUCUCUCUCUCUCUCUCUCUCUCUCUCUCUCUCUCUCUCUCUCUCUCUCUCUCUCUCUCUCUCUCUCUCUCUCUCUUGUGCGCAUGUGUAUUCUCGGGUGAAGAUGGUAGCCUCAGUGAAAGGAGCUAGCUAUUGGAAUAUGUUAUACAUUUCGGACCCCCUGCCUCUUACGAACUCGUGAGCAAAAAACGUUCAGGUUGUGUUGGACCCUAUGGAGGAUCAAGGCGGAAAGCCUAAAAGUGUGUACUGCUGGCAAAUGGUUUCAUUCAAGGAGGAGGUGACUGCUACUUCUUGCAACCAGGUUUAUGAUGUCAUCUCUGUCUCCCAGUGAGACACAUAUCUGUCUCCCAGUGAGACAUUACAUUUGCAAAUUUUAAUACAGCCCUUGCACCUUGUCAUAUGCACAUUCAGGGAUGUGAUUGGGGCCAAUCUUGGAGUUCUCAGUACAGUAUGUAUGUGGCAGUUACAUUGUUGCUCGCAUUAUGAACCAUGGGGAGAACUGUUAUUGUACCGUUAAUCAUCCACACGACAUUCUGUUUACCUCUUGAGUCUUGAGUGCCUUUUGCUUGGACGCAUAGACUUUUGCUGCUCAUUUAACUUCAUUAGCGUUUUCUGCGGAUAAGUAUUCAACGCUUACACACUGUUGUGGUUACUCUCCUCUGUGUUCUGCAAGUUAAAUCAUUACUGAGUAUGGCGGUCCCAAAUUUGCUGUGAUUGGGUCCAGGAGGCUGUGGAGCGGACUCAUUCAACGUCAGAGUCCCCACUGUCAGAACUUCAGGCACUUGUCAUGUAGCCGGAGAAUGCCGCAUCUGUUUUCACCCACUAUUAGAGAGGGUUAUGUUAUUUCGUGUGCCACAGACUGGCAUUGAGUGGUCGGAAACAACCUGAGACAAUCAGCUGUAGGAACCAUCGUUGCAUCCAGACGUGAGAGGCAGAAUGCACUGCCAGCUCUCUGGCAUGUGCCAUACCUCAUCCCUCCUCCCACUCCUUCAGGAUUUCUCCCUGGUUUCAGCUCCAACCCCAGGCCAGAUGUGAAGUAGCAUUUCACCUCAUGGCCUUCCGAAGCCAGGUUUCACAAACAACCAUCUGCACCUGGGAGCUGUCAGCGUUAAGGCCCGGUCAUGACACAGAAAGAGAACUGUGUUGUGGGCUUGGGGAUAGCGGAGUGCUGUACUACGACCGAACAUGUCCUGAGCCGAGCAGUGGCAGUAGCAGGGGUGGUCUUGUGGCUUGUAGAUCAGAGGGAAGUCGGCAAGGUGGUAGCACCUCUACUCUUGCAAACUUGUUCC